AGUGCCUCCUUCUGAGGCUCGGGAAACAUCUCUGGGUAAUCGUCUGCUUCAGGAGUCCAAGACAAUAACAAACUUCAAGCACGGUGAUCCAAGAUGCAUUGAUAAAUGGACAACAUAGAAGACGCCAUCGAUGCACGCCAUGAGUUAGUGUGUGAUGGAUCGGUGAUACCAGAGGGCAGCCUACAUGACAGGAUGUCUCAAUUCUUUGGCAAGCUGGCACGAGGGCUUGGCUGGGGCCCACAACCAACAAAGGUAAACACUAUCAACUGGAGUGACUAUGCCAGUAGAACAUUUACAUUCAUUGAGGGGCCCUUCAUCAUUGUUUCUCUGGCUGAAGAUGAUAUCAAAGAAGACCCUAAUCUUGCUUUUGAACUCAUAAUCCACAAAGAAGUCAAUAGUUCGCGAAAUGCUUAUAGCCUUCUAAGAACAUGCACAGAAAAUGAGGCUAAGGGUGCUUAUGAAGCUUACCAAAGAAUCUUACUGCCACUAGUGGACUCUUGUGGGAAGGAAGUGCUUUCUCACAGUGUGCUGCAGAAAGUCCUUGAUACUCAUAGAGAACACCCAUCUUGGCAUGUGGCCCAUAUAACCGCACACUUCGCAUUCCUGGAGGCCUUAAAGAAUGAAGAAGUACUAAAGUACCUAAAUGUACCUGAUGAAACUGAUGGCCUCUAUCCCCUUCAUGUUGCAAUUGAAAAUGAGAAUGACAAGGUUAUUGGGGCACUGGUAGCUGCAGGUGCAGCUUUAGAUGUAACCGACAAUAAUGGUAACACUCCUGUACACAUUGCUGCUUCAAAGUCUGUUGCAGUUAUCCAGGCACUAAAAGUGAAGCAUCAUCCUGUAUUAAAUAAGAAAAACCAUGCACAAGAGACCCCAUUACUUAUAGCUGCACAGUACAGUAAAUUAGAAAACAUUAAGUGUCUCAUUCAGCUUGGGACUAACAUCAAUCACAGGGAAGAAGUACUUAAUAGUGUGGACAAUCACUCAUACUGGGAGAAAGUUGACAAACUUGUGUUGUCAAAAGAAAUUAGUUCCAAGGAUCUACACAAAGGUGGAAGUUUGCUACAUUGGGUAAAAACCAGGGAACUCAUGGACUUAUGCCUUGACAUGGAUUGUGAUGCUGACCUCAAGAAUAAUGCCAAUCAAACACCGUUACAUGUUCUGGUUUUGCGGAAUAGAAUACAGUGCAUUGUAACACUCUUGUGUCGAGGUGCAAAAGCCAAUUGUGCUGACUUGGAAGGCACCACUCCACUACACUUAGCAGCUGCUCAGUGCUCCACUACUUUAGUUCAGGCCUUCAUUGUGUUUGGAGGAGAAAUCAAUGCUGUGAACAAGAAAGGGGAGACACCAAGGCAUUUGGCUGCAUCAUGUAAGGUAGAUGAUAAGAUCAAAGCAGCAGAGAGAGACAAAGUAAUAUAUCUACUUCAUACAGUUGGAGCUAAAAGAUGCCAGAUAAAAUUAGCAGAAUGUUCUGAUGGGUGUAUGGACGAAGGUAAUUUUAAUGGUGUUCCUCUUUAUGAGAAACCUUUACUACGUUCCCGCUGGAUCAUGGAUGAACAUCUCUCAAGUAGGCAAAUAGCAGAGUCUAUAAGAUGGCAAGUAACAAAUCGGAGUCGCCAGCAGCGCACUGGUAGAGUACUGUGCCUGGAUGGGGGAGGAAUCAAAGGGUUGGUCAUGACACAAAUGCUGUUUGUCAUCCAAGAGAUGCUUGGGAAACCCAUUCAAGAGUGCUUUGACUGGAUAUCUGGUACCAGCACUGGUGGCUUCUUGGCUUUAAUGCUUUGUUCAG